GGGGCGGGGGUGGAGGUCGCCUGUGCAAAGCCGGCCGCGUAUGAACUCGCCUGGCCGUCGCGCACAGCUCACUCCGCGUUGCAAGGCACCUGCGCCUCCGAGAACAGGCAGGCGUUCCACCGGUGGGGCUGUCUCAAGACCUUUGCAGAAGAGGAGGGGGAUCUGCUCCACCAGUAGGGGUGCCCGCUCUGGGUUGGGAACGGCCUGAAGAUUGAGCGCGGGGUGGGGAAGGACUUCAACGCCCAUAGAGUCCACCUUCCAUUUUCUCCAGGUGCAGUGGUCUCUGUCGCCUGGAGAUCAGUUGUUGUCAGUCUUCCCUCUACGCUGCAGAGUCGUCUAAAAGUUGUCACCAUGGCCACCAAACCCAUCCUGGACUCGAAGCAGACCGAGGCGGUGGUGCAGGGUAUCCGGACAGAAGUGGUGUGCACGGCUUUCGCCAACAUGCUCCUCGUGGUGGUGACGCAGUACGGGAAGAUGGGCACCCUCGUCUCGGUGGAGCCUGACCUGGUGGCUGACGGUAUCAGCAAACCAUUGAUCACUACCAAAGUCCUUCUCGGCAAGGAUGAGCCUCUCGCCCACAUCUGUGUCAAACAUCUGGUGACGUCCAUCUCUCAGGAAGCUGGGAACAAGCCCGUUCUCCUCGCCAUGGCUUUGAAGGACAAAAGCAUCGAGGGAAUCCAGACUCUGCGGGAGGUGAUCCAGAAGUGCAGGGUGUGGUGAGCACGCACUGCCAACACAGGAGAAAUUUCUCCUGGCUGAGGCAGGUAGACUUCGACCCGUCUGGGUUUGACCUGCCUGCAUUGGAUUUGCAGUAGGGGAGAAGCACAGACCCCCGAAGAGCUCAAAUGCCAUUUUCAAGAUAGAGAUUAAAAAAUUCAUCUGCCCUCUGGAA